AUGGAGUUGGACGGAACCGCCAACUGCCGAGUACGCGGUUGGACGAACGGACUAUUCCCGGUGCCGGUGGGUGGAUGUGCUCUCUUGCCUGAUGCCGGUGGAGUGGAUGAGUGAGUGAGUGAGUGAGUGAGUGGGAUGUUGUUGCAGACGUAGGUUACGGUACUGCGGGCUUUUGUUGGUGGGUUGUGCUGUGCUUCGCUUUCGCAAAUCGGCUCCGGCGGAGCUAGACGCUGCAGGCUGCGUGGGCGCGCAUAAACGUAAUUAAUUGUAGUGUUACGAGUGCUAUAUAGUAUCUUUGGUGGAGCGUCUGCAGUAAUAUAACCGUUUAAUCAAUUUUUACUCGUAAACCCGGCGGAAGGUUCAUGUUAUCUAGUGGACCUGCUAACAAUUAGAUACUAACGGUGGAAUAUUCCAGUAAACCCCUGCGGAAUUGAUCACCCCGCGCCUCAAAAGAUUCCAAGUUCGAAUCUUGCACUAAUUGAGGUUUUCUGUAUAUUUAUUUUUGUGUCCCCUAUCAUUAGUAAAUCAAAAAUACAAAACCAAACACUUGCAAGGAUCCUAAUGCAGAUUCGAGGGCCGCAGCAGUUUCCGGAUUCCGGAGCACAUUCGAGUGACUGUUUGUGAGCGGGUGGGAAGGCUGGAGGCUCGGGUAGAUAUUUGGUUCCUUCCGGGGUGCUCGCAGCUAAACUCAGUUAAAAGAGGAAAAGUUUGACCCACGUGAAGCUGCCGCUAUCCGCUGUCCUCAGGUGGGCCUUCUCCGAGUAGUAGUGCUGGCUAUGCAUCUGCUCUCUGGAAUUCACCGUUCGGCUCGUUCGUCCCUGCACUCCUCGAAGCUAGAACAUCCAUACCGCGGUGCCCAUGCACGGGACGCCUCCGAGGGGAAUUGGCUUGGGGAUCUGGCUGGGAGCUGGGCCGGCGGUCGGGUGAGGUUUUACGAACCGCUGUCUGAUGCAAUGGGGAGAACACAAAUUGCUGUUGGGAUAUUCGAAGUGGCGUGGUGCGAGAAAGUGUGCUUUGCGGUGCUGGGAUUAGCCAUCUUUUGUGGCAGCGGUGAUUGA